CUUCCUCUUGCACCCCAAGAUGCAAGUUCACCGCUUCUUCUGCGGUCUUCUUAUAUACUUAUUUUUAAUCUGUAGUGCAUUUUCCCAAGAUGAAACUAAGGUACCGCCCACUGAAACAACUGCAUCGCCAGCAGCAAGUGUAGCAGCUGAAGAAGCUCCCAAGAGUAGUAACCCAGAAGCUUCAGGUUCAUCCAAGUGCAAGUCCAAUGAAAUUCUUUCCGAAAAUGGCUGCGUUGAUCGCGAGAACUUUCUAAACAAGAUCAUGUUCAGAUCCUGGCAGGACGAAGGCUUCGGCAAGGCAAAGGCAAGAGCUGGCCUGGUCGAUGGGAUAGAGUGCAGGGAUGGUGAGGUGAGGACUCCAUUUGGCUGCUCAACGCCACCGUACCCACCGCACAGAGAAUCAGAUCGAGUCCCAGUGCACCACAGCAGCUUGUACCGCGAGCAGGUGGUGCACUCCAAUUACGGAUCGGCACGUAGCGUCCAUCAAGAAAAGGUCAAGAUCGAAAAAGGAAAAAGGCAGCCAUACUUGGGUCCCCCCAUUUCGGGGCAUAAUAUUCCCCGAAAGAAUUACAUCCUGCCGGGCAGGCUGCUCCGAAGCGACCGUCAGUGUCGCCCAUAUGAGAGCCCCGGGAAGGAUGGGCAAUGCCAUCCAAAGAAGGGUAAAACGGGAAAUUACAAGCACACAAACCACGUCUAUGGACUCCAAUUGAGGCAUCGACACGAAGCACAAGGAUAGAAACUCAACUACUAGUUCAAACAUUAUACUCGGCUAAU